GCCUACAAGUUGUUUGAUGAAAUGCUUACGAGAGACACUGUGGAGUUGAAGGACAAUACAACUGUGGGGUUACAUUGGAGAAUAAUAUGGCAGCACAUGGUGGACCUACAGAUGCUGCAAAAGAAAGGGAAACGAUCAUACAUAGGGUUCUCAUUUAGUCAUUUUCAACCUCACUUUCCCAUUCAGAGUUUGGAUCUCGGUGUUUGAGCAAAACAAACACUCGGAUCUUUGAUACAAAAUACUUCAGGAAGGCCGAUCAGUAGGAUCGAGUAAAGCCAAGCAAGCAGAAUAUGGCUUCUCUGGCCGCUCAAGCAGCAGCCAGUUCUUCGUCUUCUUCUCUUCCAAUAUUUUCAUCCACUGAUCACCCAAAUCAUUACAAAUACGAGGUGUUCUUAAGUUUUCGAGGUGAGGAUACUCGCUAUGGUUUUACAGAUCAUUUGCACUCGGCUUUGGAUCGGAGGGGAAUUGCGACCUUCAGAGAUGAUGAUAAACUUAGAAAAGGAGAAGACAUAUCCCAAGAACUACUCAAAGCAAUUGAGGACUCCAGAGUUUCAAUCAUCGUCUUCUCUCAAACCUAUGCUUCCUCAAGGUGGUGUUUGGAUGAACUGGUCAAGAUUCUUGAAUGCAGAAAAUCCAAAGGACAAGAGGUUAGAGCCGUUUUCUACAAGGUGGAUCCUUCAGAUGUUCGAAACCAAACAGGUGCUUUCGGUGACGGAUUUGCCACGCUUGAUCAAUGCAAAUACAAGGACAACAUGCAGAAAUGGAAGGCAGUUCUAAAGGAAGCAGCAGAUUUGGCCGGAUGGCCAUUCAAGAAUGACGAGUACGAGACUAAAUUUAUCGACAACAUUGUUGGAGAGUUGUUAGCUGGAGUAGUAAACCCUUCAUGUGAUUUGCAUGUUGCUGAACAUCCGAUUGGAAUAGAGUCUUUUAGUCAAGAAGUCUGCGAACUUUUACAUGUCAAGGAAAAUAAUGUUCGCAUGGUAGGCAUAUGGGGGCCUGGUGGAAUAGGAAAGACCACAAUUGUGAAAGCUGUGUUCAAUUCAAUUCGCCAUAGGUAUGCAUGUAGCUGUUUCUUGGCAGAAGUUAGAUCUAAUUCAAAUGAUCUAGCCAAACUGCAAAAGAGACUUCUGGUUGAUGUUUUAGAGGACUCAACUUUGGAGGUGAGCAGUGUUGAUCAAGGAGUCAGUUUUAUAAUGACAAGGAUGCGACAUAAAAAGGCUUUGAUAAUUCUUGAUGAUGUGAGUCACUCAAGCCAGUUACAGAAGUUAGUUCCAUCCCUUGAAUGUUUUGGGUCAGGUAGUAGAGUUCUCAUAACAACCAGAGAUAAACGAUUAUUAACAGCCCAUGAAGUUGAUGAAGUAUAUGAGGUUAAAAUGUUAGAUUGUGAUCGUGCUUUGAAGUUAUUUAGCUUGAGUGCAUUCAAAAGAAUUGGACCUCCAGGCGAAUAUCUCAAACUUGCACAACGUGCUAUACGCUAUGCCCAGGGCCUUCCAUUAGCUUUGAUAGUUUUAGGCUCUCAUUUAUUUCGUAGAAGCAUAGAGGAGUGGGAAGCUAUAUUAGAUAGUAGUAGGCGAGAAGAUCCCCACAUAGAGAUAAGAGAUGUGCUCAAGAUAAGUUAUGAUGCUUUAGGAGAAGAUUUAAAAGGAUAUUUUCUUGACAUUGCUUGUUUUUUUAAGGGUGAGCAUGUAGAGAAAGUGAAACCAAUACUAGAAGCUUGCUAUGACAACAAAUCAGUAAAUGGUUUUGCCCAACUCCAAGAAAAGGCCUUGAUAAGAAUUGAUAGAGAUUUUGUUGAUAGAGAUGUUAUUUGGAUGCAUGAUUUAAUAAGAGAAAUGGGUAAAGACAUAGUGUAUCAAGAGUCACCUGAUGAACUUAGCAAACGAAGCAGAUUGUGGAGUGAAGAAGAUAUCAACGAUGUUUUAACAAAUAAUACUGGAGUAAAUAAAGUUAUUGGCAUUCAGGUCCCAUUCGGGUGUACCAUAUCUUUAAACGCUAAAAGUUUCUCAACAAUGAAGAAUCUCAAAUAUUUGUCUAUGUGCAAUAUAAUUCAUUAUAAAUCAUUUUCGGGAAAUAUUGAUUAUCUCUCCCACGGGUUGAGGUGGCUUGAGUGGCCACAUUGUCCAUUGCGAUGUUUUCCACCCGAUUUUCAUGCAGCGAAACUUGUAUAUCUCAGUAUUCCUGGGAGUUCCGUAAUCACACACCUAUGGGCAGGACGUAAGUGUUUUCCGCAGCUAACAUAUAUGAAUUUAAGCGAUUGUGAAUCCCUAUCAAGACUCCCAGACUUCACUGAAAUCCCAAACUUGAAAAAGUUAGAUCUAUCUAAUUGUAGGAGAUUAGCUAAGAUUCCUGAUUCUCUUGGAUUACUUGCUAAACUUGUUAACUUGAUUGUCACCGGCUGCUCUGACCUUAGAUCGUUUCCAAGAAUAAUCAACUGGAAAUCUGUAGGAAGUAUUUCUACUUGGAGUUGCCAGCUUGAUCAAUUUCCAGAAAUUGGGGAAGAGAUGGGUUCAUUGAGAAGUUUGCAUCUAUCAGGCGUUUACAGUGAAGAAUUGCAUCCUUCAAUUACAAAUCUCAUUGGCCUCGAGGAGUGGGAUCUCUGGAACUGUCAACAUCUUACAACUCUGCCGCAUAAUAUUCCUAAGUUCUGCAAUCUAAAGAGUCUUUAUGUACAUGAUUGUCCAAAACUUGCUGCAUUUCCGGUCAUUCCAAUAAAGAUGGAUUCCUUGAUACUACUUUCUCUACGAAACACUGGCAUUAGAGAAUUGGACGAGUCAAUUGGAAAUCUCAUUGGGCUUGAAAAGUUGCAUCUUCAGAGUUGCAAGAAUCUCAGGACUCUACCCAGCAGCAUUUGUGGGUGGCAAAAUUUGGAGGAGCUUGAUCUGUCUCACUGCCCGAAUCUGGUUAGAUUUCCAUCAAAUUCCAACAUUUUGAAUGGCAAUGGUUGCUCUCUAUCACUUCCCAAGCUUAAAAAAUUGGAUAUCAGGGAAUGCGGUUUGUCAGAUUGUGAUUUUCUGACGACUCUAGAUUGCUGGAAAACAUUACGGUCGCUUGAUCUGUCAGAAAACAGGUUUGUUAGUCUUCCUGGACUAACAAAAUUUGUCAACUUGGAGUCACUUGACCUGUACGAUUGCAACAGAAUCCGAGAACUUCCGGAGCUUCCACCGAAAGUUAAAGUAUACGUAACGGGGUGUGAUUCACUGGAUUUAGGGGGAGGGUCGCCGCCACUGGAAUCGCAUUUUACUCCAAACCUCCGAAACGAAUAUGAAUAUGAAUAUGAAUGUGAAUCAUUGGACAUAGAGGGGACGUGGCCUUCGAUUGAAGAUGAUGACGAAGAAGAGGCAACUCCGUCUUCACAGCCGUCUCUGUCUUCCGAGUCGUCAUCAGUGAUUCCUCCAGAAAUGGCCAUCUCCAUUGAGAUCCCAGGCCAUCACUCAACUACUCCGCCACAGCUUCAACUCCAAGAGGAACCAACGAAACAGAGAGGUUUGGGUACAUGGCUGUUUAGAUGCUGCAGCAGGCCAUCUCCAACUUCUUAAUAUAUGUAAGUUCACACGUCAUCUUCUCUUACUAUCUCUUUCUUUUCCAAGUUUUCAAUCGUCUGAAGCGCG